CAAAUGUUGUUGUAACCCGAUGAAAAUGUAUGUACGUAUCGGCUUCCAUCGUCUUUGUAGUGUCCGUGUAUUGCAUCGUCAUACGAACCACCUCCAUCUCAUCCGAUUGUCUGCAUCUGCAAAUCAGAAUCGAUUUCUCACCUUUUGUUUCAAUUUCAAUGCUCUAGCCGAUCUCUUUCCUCCAAAUCAAUCUAGUUUAGCGAAAUCGUUAUCCAUUACAUCAAUUAGAAGCAAUCGUAAAUCAACUCAGUUAUAUCUUGUUACUUCAUCUUAUGGAGAACAAGUAUAUUUCUCAAUGGAACGUGCAGCAGCACCUUACUUUGGGAUAAAUGCUUAUGGAGUUUACAUGUGUGGAUAUGUUGAAAAAGAUGGAGAAAAAUACAUGUGGAGUGGGAAAAGAAGUGAAAUGAAACAAACCUAUCCAGGAAUGCUUGAUCAUCUUGUUGCUGGAGGAAUGCCACAUGGAAUCUCACCUGGAGAUAAUCUUGUGAAGGAAUGUGAGGAAGAAGCAGGAAUCUCAAGUUCCAUUUCUAGCAGGGUCUCCUCCAAAUGCUCCACAGCCCCAAUUUCCAAUUUGAAAGAAAUUGUGGUGAAUAUUGAAAAUGUGAAAAAUGAUAAAUUGAAGAAAAUAUGGAAAUAUUGACACGAAGACAUGAACACGCUUUGGAAUUUUAUAGCAUUUUUUUGUUUUUUUAUAUUUUAUUUUGUAUCGAAUAAAAUACUUAUUCUAUUGUGUUUAAAUAUUAGUAAACAAAAUGAGUUUUCUUAUGAUUUCCUUACAAAUAUUAUAGUAUAUGAAAUAUGCAUAUAUGUAUUUGUAAAAAUAUUCAUAUAUGUACCUAAAAUGUUGAU